CGCGUCGCCGGUCCCCCGCGCUCCCGCGAGCUGGCCUCCGCUGCAGCUGCGCCGGGCUCGCGCCAUGCAGCGCCUGGCCAUGGAUCUGCGGGUGCUGUCCCGGGAGCUGGCGCUCUACGUGGAGCACCAGGUUCGCGUGGGUUUCUUCGGCUCGGGCGUGGGCUUGUCGCUGAUCCUGGGCUUCAGCGUCGCCUAUGCCUGCUACUACCUGAGCAGCAUUGCCAAGAAACCCCAGUUAGUGAUUGGAGGGGAGAGUUUCAGCCGCUUCCUACAGGACCACUGUCCGGUGGUGACAGAAACCUAUUACCCGACGGUCUGGUGCUGGGAGAGCCGAGGACAGACACUGCUGAGACCCUUCAUCACUGCCAAGCCCCGGGUGCAGUACAGGAAUGAACUCAUUAAAACAGCAGACGGAGGACAGAUCUCACUGGACUGGUUUGAUAACAAUAACAGUGCAUGCUAUGUGGAUGCCAGUACCAGACCUACUAUCUUGCUCCUGCCUGGCCUCACUGGAACAAGCAAGGAAUCCUAUAUCCUUCAUAUGAUCCAUCUCAGUGAAGAAUUAGGAUACAGGUGUGUGGUUUUUAAUAACAGAGGAGUAGCAGGAGAGAGUCUCUUGACACCUCGGACUUACUGCUGCGCAAACACUGAAGACUUGGAGGCGGUUAUCCACCACGUUCACAGCCUGUACCCUUUGGCCCCCUUUCUGGCAGCAGGCGUGUCAAUGGGAGGUGUCCGAUGAAGCCUCUGUCCCUGGACAGUAGCUUAAGAACAUUCUGGAGCAGGCAAAUGGAAUGGGAUGGAUAUUGCUUUGCCUACACAGUGCAUCAGCCUUGUAUCACAGCGCCUCAAUGGAGUAGAGAUCACAGAAGGAAAUCUGUUAAUGUUUCAAUUGGUAGCUGUAAGUGCAAGAGUUGUCAGUUUCUGUAAAAUCACAACACUCUCACACACCAGAACAAGGGACCACACUUCCUGAACAUCACUACGAGUCCAGAGCUUGCGUUUACUUCCUGAUGAUGGAAUGCUCACACUUCCCUGUUGUGUGUUUUUUAGUUUUGUAGUUUGAUAUGUAGUUACCAAAUAAAAUCCAUUCCUUGGCAUUUAAACUGUUUGGUCCAUGAAUUCUUUCUCCAUCUAGCUCUGUUUCCCCAGCAUGUACCCUUCCCCCCAGUUGGUGAGAGAAUGGGGUCCUUCUUUCAAGAUAAAAUAAUAACUUUUGGGGGGUAGCACUUUGACAUUAGUUCACUGAGGAAUAACCAGGAGUUGCCUCUAAAGAUGUGCAUGUGCCUAUUUCAGGAUCUUUCAACUUCCUUUACAAGUGUUCUGAUUGUGUAUUUUACCAGCCUCUGGCCAUUAUCUGACCUCCAGCUAAAGUGUAAAGAGAGAGAACACUAUGGUGAACUCUUCCCAGGACAAAAAGCAUCCUUCAAAUGGCUCCAUGGCCAUAGCACUGUAUGCAAAUCAUGUGGUCAUUCUAAAGGGUCAUUGUCAAGUCAUGUGUGAUGGGGCACAUUUGUAAUUCUAGCAUUCCUGGAGGCUGAGGGAGGAGGCUUACAAGUUUCAUGUCAGCCUGAGUAAAAAGAGUAAACUCCUGUCUUGAGAUAACAGGGCUGGCAAGAUAGGUCAGGAGGUGAGGGCGCUUGCUGCCUGCAUGAUGUCCCCAGUUAUCCUGGGUUCUACAAAGUAGAAAGAGAGAACUGAUGCCCUCAAAUUCUUCUCUGAUCUCCACAAACUUGAUAUAGCCUGUACGUGCAUGUAUACACACAUACACACAAUAAAUAAAUGUAAUUUAAUUUUUUUUCAAAAUCUAGAUGUCCACUUUUCAUAAAGAUUCCCUACCCUUGUAAGUGAUUUGUGUAAAAGAUAAUGCGGGAGUAUCUUAGCUGUUUCCCCUAUUUCAGAACCUAGUGUGUUGAAGAAACUACAUAUAGAGCUACAGUGAGCGGUGCACUGAGGCAUCAUCCACCAUGGUUUGAAAUGUUGAGCACCAACUCAGUCCUUGUCCCUCUCACUCACAUAGAACUUGACUAGAACUGAGAAAAUUGAAUACAAAGAACACAGGAAAACAUGUGACAAGACAUAAUAGGGAAGAUCCCAGUGUACAUUAGAGAACUGCUUGGGGUGGAUCUCUUCCUUGUUGUGUGAUUUAUUCCACCAUAAGAAGAAACUUGCAGGAAUAAGUGUGGGCUGUUUCACAGUUUAGCCAAGUGUAGUAUCAGAAAUCAUGUGGGUCAGGCAUGGUGCACACUUAACCUCCCAGACUCAAGAGGCAGAGGUGGGAGAAUGCAAGAUCCUGUUUCAGGGAGCUAAAAAAAAAAAAGUACUUUAAAAUAUAAACAUGAACAAUAGGCAGGUAACAUGCCUCUGAGUAAAGGUGCCCCCCACCAAGUCUAAUGGUCUGAGUUUAACCCCCUGGAACCACAUGGUGGAAGGUGACUGACUUUAGCAAGUUGUCCUCUGACCUCCAUUCACACAUGCACGUGUCUUGUACACACACACACA